AUGGCGCUUCUUUCACCCAAAGUUUACCAGUGGCUGGUGGGAGUCUUUGCAUCGUUGGGUGCUUUUCUCUUCGGCUACGAUCUCGGUGUUAUUGCGGCGGUUGUGAUAUCGAAUACCUUUAUAGAUGCCUUUGAUCCCAGCACGUCGACCGAAGGACUGGUCGUCUCAAUGUUUACGGCCGGCGCCUUCUUCAGUGCUGGAGCGGCCGGUCCUCUCGGAGACCGUAUCGGCCGACGAGGCACAAUCGUUACUGGCGCGCUAUUCUUCUUGCUAGGUGGAGGUCUCCAGACAGGCGCCAACGAUAUCCAUAUGAUGUGGUCUGGUCGAUUCAUAUCCGGAAUCGGUGUGGGAGCACUCUGCAUGAUCGUCCCUCUCUACCAGGCAGAGUUAGCUCACCCGAGCAUUCGUGGAACGGUUACAGCCUUGCAGCAACUCAUGAUCGGUAUUGGAGCAUUCGUCGCCACGUGGGUUGGCUGGGGUUGUUAUACCAACCUCACCACCACGAGCGCUCAGUGGCGUAUUCCCUUGGCCAUACAGAAUGUCCCUGCCUUGCUUUUGGCUCUGUUGACAUUCUUAUUCCCGGAAAGCCCUAGAUGGCUCGGAGAUAAGGGAAGGGAUGAAGAAAUGCUAAAGACCCUGGCUCGUCUGCACGCCAACCACAACGUCGAGGACCCUUUCGUCAGAUCCGAGUACGAACAAAUCAAGGCCGCCAUCUCUUACGAGCACCACAAUGAGGCGAAGUCUUACAUGGAGCUCUUCCGCUCGAAGAGUUCCUUUCGACGCUUGUUUCUCUGCUGCGCUGUUCAGGCAUCAGUUCAGAUGACUGGAGUUUCAGCAAUUCAGUACUACUCUCCCCGUAUCUUUCAACAAAUUGGAAUCGCGGCCGAAGACACACUGAAAUACCAAGGAAUUAGCAACGGUCUCGCUAUUCUUGCCCAAAUCUUUGCGAUGGUUCUGGUUGACAAAACCGGCCGCCGAUGGCCUCUCAUCGGGGGCAACAUUUUCAACUCCGUGACGUUCAUUAUUGCUGCAGUCUUGCUGGCCAAGUUCCCACCCGGUGUGUCCAACAACCUCAGCGCUCAGUGGGGUUUCAUCGUCGUUACUUGGCUCUACAACUUUAGUUUCAGCUCAACUUGCGGACCUUUGUCAUGGAUCAUCUGUGCAGAAGUGUUUGAUACAAGAACUCGUGCCAAGGGCGUCAGUAUCACAACUAUGGUAUCGUUUGCAUUCAACACCAUGAUUGGUCAAGUCACUCCCGAAGCCAUGGACUCUGUGGGCUAUCGCUUUUACAUCUUGUUCGUCGUGUGUAACAUCACUAAUGCGGUGUUCUUCUGGGCCUUCCUCCCCGAAACCGCCCGCCGACCUUUGGAGGAGAUGAACGAGCUUUUCAGCAGCGAUAGUUGGUUUAUUGCAGGCAAGACGAGCAGGAGGCACGGUGCAGAGGACCUGGAGAACAGGCUCCAGGAGAAGGAGGGUGAAGCUGAUGAAGGCACUCAUAGUGAGACCGUCCAUGCGAAGUAG